AUGCUCGAAGGGGUGGGAGUGGCCGAUGCUGAGGAUGAGGGAGAGCGAGUCGUCGUCGAUGCGGCUGAAAGCGAGGGCGAUGAAGUGCUCGACAGCGAUGCCGAAGGGAACGAGGAGCUGGGCGACGCUGGAGGAGACGAGCUAGGCGAAGCUGAAGCAGACGAGCUAGGCGACGCUGAAGGAGACGAGCUAGGCGAAGCUGAAGCAGACGAGCUAGGCGAAGCUGAAGCAGACGAGCUAGGCGACGCUGAAGGAGACGAGCUAGGCAAAGCUGAAGGAGACGAGCUAGGCGACGCUGAAGGAGACGAGCUAGGCGAAGCUGAAGGAGACGAGCUAGGCGAAGCUGAAGCAGACGAGCUGGGCGACGCUGGAGGAGACGAGGAGCUCGAGACGGAAGCCGACGUAGAGACAGCACUGGAAACAGGCGAAGAGGAGGACGAAGACGACGAAGAGGCAGCGCUCACCGCAAAUAUACUACUGGGGGUCGUAGUUGAUGCCGAGGAGCUAGCACUCGUUGAUGUGGUUACAAAUGCUGAUGUGCUUGUAGGCGUGGAACUGGCCGAGCUGGUAGUGGAACUCGUUGGAGAAGAGCUCGAGCUCAAGUCCGAACUCGUCUGUGAGUCUGACAAGGUCGUCGAGGGUGUCGUUGUGCUUGGCGAGCUCGUGUCGCUCGACGCCGAAAGUGUUUCUGUAGUAGUUGGAAGGGGAGUGUGCGAGACUCUGAUUUCCCAUGGUCAGCCAGUCUCCUUUCAACGCUUCCACACUUGA